CUCUUUUCACCACCUCAGCCAGAUGCGAACAGCUCAGACUUCCUCAUCCAAGUCCAGUGCGCUGCGCUCUGUCGACUCGUCCGCAUCUUCAACCGGAACCAGAGAGAAAACAACGAGUGCAAAGGCAUGGAACCAACUUAAAGUAAAUGCGGAAUAUUCUUUCAACGCUCACCCGAAUCUAGACGAUCACACACAACUGCAGAAAUAAGAGACGGAGUGACUGGCUGAAGGGCGAAGGCACAAUGGGCUGUGUGGGCUCAAAGAAGGAACAGGACCCUCUGAGCAAAGGUUCUGGUAAUGACGAACUACAAAACCGUGCACAGACGGCCCACUACGUCAAGGACCCCACCACAGGAAACUCUGGGAGCAAAGCUAGCAAAAUGCCACCCAGUGCUAACACAUCUGACGGAGAAAGUAUUGCCAUGGCACUGUACGACUAUGAGGCCAUUCAUGAAGGAGAUCUUGGCUUCAAGAAAGGAGAUAAGCUUGUAAUAUUGGAGGAAUCAGGAGAGUGGUGGAGAGCUAUGUUAAUAAGUACAGGCCAAGAAGGUUACAUUCCCAGUAACUAUGUAGCCAAAGACACUCUGGAGGCAGAGGAGUGGUUCUUUAAGGGUGUGAGCAGGAAAGAUGCAGAGAGGCAGCUGCUGGCCCCUGGGAACAAAGUGGGAUCAUAUAUGAUCCGAGACAGUGAGACCACAAAAGGUAGCUACUCGCUGUCUGUCAGGGACAGCGAUGUCCAGUCUGGUGACACAGUUAAACAUUAUAAGAUCCGUACGCUAGACAAUGGAGGAUUCUACAUCUCUCCCCGCAACACCUUCAGCACCCUGCAGGAGCUGGUCAGCCAUUACAAGAAGCAGGGAGAUGGUCUCUGCCAAACCCUGACCAACCCAUGCUUGAGCCCCAAACCUGAGAAGCCAUGGGAGAAAGAUGCCUGGGAAAUCCCAAGAUCAUCACUAAAGCUGGAUAAGAGGCUUGGUGCUGGCCAGUUUGGAGAAGUCUGGAUGGCUACAUACAAUAAGCACACAAAAGUUGCAGUGAAGACCAUGAAGCCUGGCAGCAUGUCAGUUGAAGCCUUCAUGGCUGAGGCCAACCUGAUGAAGAGUCUACAGCAUGACAAACUGGUCCGACUGCAUGCUGUGGUCACCAAGGAGGAGCCUAUCUAUAUCAUCACGGAGUUCAUGGAGAAAGGUAGUUUAUUGGACUUCUUAAAGAGUGAUGAGGGCAAUCGUGUGCAGCUCCCCAAGCUCAUUGACUUCUCUGCCCAGACUGCAGAGGGCAUGGCCUACAUUGAGCAGAGGAACUACAUCCACAGAGACCUGAGAGCUGCCAACAUCCUUGUCAAUAAGGCUUUAGUUUGCAAAAUUGCUGACUUUGGCCUUGCUCGUAUCAUUGAAGAUAACGAGUACACAGCCAGGGAAGGAGCCAAAUUCCCUAUCAAAUGGACGGCCCCUGAGGCCAUCAACUACGGAUCUUUCACCAUUAAGUCUGAUGUCUGGUCCUUUGGUAUCUUGCUGACUGAGAUUAUCAGUUAUGGACGCACACCAUACCCUGGGAUGACCAACCCAGAAGUCAUCCGCUCCCUGGAGAAGGGCUAUCGGAUGCAGCGCCUAGACAGCUGUCCAACGGAACUAUAUGAAAUCAUGUUAGAGUGCUGGAAGAACAAGCCUGAGGACCGCCCCACCUUUGAUUACCUGCAGAGUGUCCUGGAGGAUUUCUACACAGCCACAGAGAGCCAAUAUCAGCAGCAGCCAUGAGACUUUUACAUUCCAUCAUACUUAAAUGCUAGUCCACUUUCACUUGCCAGAGUCUGUCUCAUUUUUCCUCUGUCUUUAUUUCUCAUUCACACACAAAUUAUAGUUCAAGGGACUGUACAAAAUUAAUCAGGGAGUUGAAUCAUUUCAAAAUAAUAAAACCCACAAGAUUGAUUAAGAAAAGCUGUUUAGAAGGCCUGGUUAUACUGUAAGCUAGCCACAGCUGUGUCAGCUGUAAUAUUUAUCUUCCUAAUCUUCCAUGGCUAUCAAAAUUAAACAGAAAGAACAUUCAGUUAUUCCUUUUUAAAAAGCACAUAGUUUGGAUAACUCAAAUGAUUUAAUCAUUUUGUGCAUCAGGUUUAUAAGAGGCAUGAUUUAUUACUUUCAUAGAUACAUUUUGUUGAUCAAAAAGAUGUUUUUAAAAGACGUACACACCUACAUAUAAUGAUAUGAGAGAAUCAAAUAAGGCCCUACCCCAUAAGCCUUCAUUUUAAGACAGUAGAGCGCUCACUGGUGCCAGAGUGAGAACUAAGAAUGCACUGUCUGUAGAAGAUCAAAUGAAUAAUUCAUAAUAAAUAUGUCAUUUGAUGCCCUAAUUUUUAUACAGUUAAGUCUUCAAUUUGACAGUGGUAGCAAGCUAUGUAGGCUAACUGUAGCGUACAUGGCUUUUGCUAUUUGCUGUAUAAGUAUUCCCACUGGGGCUUGUUAGAUUGUGUGUGUGUGUGUUUAUUAGAUUGUUAAACUGCGAAUCACUCUGCAGCCGAGUUGGAUUGUGAACUCUCUGCUGCUAUCAUGACCAUGUGGUUGUUGUUGAAUUAUUAGCUGGUUUCAGCUUGAACCACAACUCGUUUUUAAUCAUUUUUGACAUAGCCAUAUCCACAGGCCAUUGCAGGCCACCUGUAAGCAGUCUCAUUUAAAGGCUGGAUUUAAUUAUUAUGCUCCAGCACACAUUGUGCAUCUUUUCAAAGGGAUGUAUAACUGCAACAUAGAUGUUUAGAGUGGCAUACUGACAGUGAUCAGCUUAGAUAUCACUGUGUUGACAAAAGAAAUUCAGCAAACAAAGGGGUAAGUGUUCUGUGGACUUUGCAGUGGCUGAUUAUGUGUAAGUCUUCUAUUUUUUUAAUUGAUAAUUUUCUACUAUGCUGUGGCUUGUUUAAGCAUUAUUUCCUUAUUGUGCCUUUUGCAAUUGUUGUUUCUUUUUCAGUCAUUUAAAAUAUGCCAUAUGCUAUAUAUUUAUAGUAAACUGAUGUACACAAAAAUGUUGUGACUUUACAUGAAGCAAUAUUAUCAAAUAAUGCUUAGUGAUCCUUUGGCCCAUCGAGAUGUUGGUUCGUAUUUAAGAAGUAAAUGAAACAGUGAAUACAGAUUUUCACAUAAUUUGUCCCUAUUUUCUGUGUGAAAAAAAAUGCAGUGGUUCUAAUAAUUAUGCUCUGAACAUCUGUGUGUCUUAAAUGGAAUGAUCAUCUCCAAAGUAAAAGCAUUUUCUAUAGGUUUUCUAGAGAAGGAUUAAUCAAUGCUAUUUUCUCUGAUACUGUAUGUGUUUAUCAUACUGUUGGAAAUAGUUAUAUGGAUUAUUUCAAAGCAAAUCUUGUCAAGUGAAGAUUUUAUCAUUUUUGUCAUUUCGUGAUUUGGUGUAAUCCCUUCAGAUAGAACUGUGAGCAACAAUAUCUCAGAUACCUUUUCUAUGUAAUGCUUAGAGUUGAUGUGUGUCGAUGAAUGCCCACAAUGCCCAGAACUGUGGAAAUAUAUUUGGGGUUAUAUUAUAUAUAUACAUAAAGUGGCAUGCACAGACUUUUUGAAGGGCUGGGGUGAAAAUACAGCAUGUUUUCGCCACUGAAGAGGGCACUUUAAUGCGCGUUUUGGCUUCCAAAAGGGCGCAUAGACAUAAUUUGCCUAUUUUGUUAGAUGCUUGGUUAAAUGCAAGUGUAGUGAAAAUGUCCAAAUAAACUGUUUUUGAAACAUG